UGUUUUCUUUGUGGCGGAGAGACUAUUUGAAGUGAGAGAAUUUGUAGAGAGAGAAAAACUAAAUUUUAUAAGAGGGAAUGUUGCUCUUGUUUUGAGUUAUUUUAAGAUGAAAUUCAAGUAAGAGAGGUGGGUUUCGGAAGUGAACACGUGAAGAGACGUUUAGAGAGAGAAGAAUACGUUUUUAGAGAGAGAAAGAGGGAGCAAAUGACCAUCAGGAUGAGAAGGCAAUUAUGGAGAGAGGGAGGGACUAGAAAAAAACUCAAGUCUAAGACCAAGAGUUCUUUCAGGGAGUCACGAGUUUGAGAAGAUAUUUAACACAUAAAGGAAAAUAUCAAGAGAGAGAGAGAGAUAGUGAGAGAGUUGUGUUUGAGUAUUAAAUUAAUCAGAAAAGGGUUUGGAAGAGAGAGAGAGCGAUAUAUGAAGGACCAGGACCAGGACCUGGACCAGAACCAGAACCAGAGAGUAGUUAAGUUCGUGGUCUGCGAGGACUGGCUUCUCUGUGUGUUUUUUUCUGAACAUUUGUCGUGGAUUGAGACAAUGUGAGGGAGAGUGACCGUGUCCCGCCCGAAAAUCCCAGAUAUCGCCGGAAUUCGGCCUGAAAAAUCUAUUGAAUGCCGGAAACUGCAUAUUCUGGGCUUUUCCUACCAAAAAAAUUGCCAGAAGAAAGACUUAGAUGCAAUUCGAGGACAGAGCCCCCUGUCCUAAAAAAUCUCGGCUCAAACGACUUGCAGAGAUCAGUUUCAGAAGCGAUCUUGGGGAAAUUUCAUGCUAAGUGAAAUUUGGAAGACUCUUGCUACAAAAUGUUAGGAAUUUGAACUUUUCGGCAAGCACUCUGAUAUUCUGGCCACUACUGCGGCAACAUUGCAGGAUUUGAAUUCUGUUAGACCACUGUCAAGUCUCCAGCUCUGAACUGUCUUGAAAUUGUUUGAAAUAUCUGGAUUUCUCGCCUGAAAAAUCAGUCGCCAUUUUCUAGGCCAUAUCCCUGAAGUUUCCCAGUUUGAGUCCAUUCGUGGACACAAGAAAAGCACUGCAAGAGCCAAGCCAAAUUAACAGAGAAGAGGAGUUCUACAGAAGCAAAAUCGAGUUUGGAUUUUCGGAAACAAUAAAGCCGGAGUGGCUUGAUCUGAAUUCCACUGACGCCAAAGAAAGAAAACUGAUAACGCGGAACAGGCUGGAAUUUUGACAGAAUCAAAAGGACUUUGCCGGAAUUGUAAGGAAUCAAAAAGAUUUUGCCUGAAUUUUGCAGCCACUUGUUCUCCCUGAGCUGCUAUUUGCCCACGUAAUUUCAUUAAGCUGCCAUUGUCGAGUCCACAUUGCAACUUAGCUUCCGUUUUUGGGACGGCUGAGAAGCUCUGAUUCUCCUGCCAUUGUUAUAAUAAGUUGUAGGAUUUCAUAUUAAGCAACAAUUUCCCCAUCCUUGCUACCAGUCAAGAUUAAGCUACCAUUUUCUGGCAAUCGCUGAACUUCUAGUUACCAGCAUUUUCACCUAAGCUGAAACUCAGCAGAUUUAGAAAUCAGUAAUAAUGCAAGACCCGGGAACCGACCCAUUGGUGCCGGCCCAGCUUCGGGCAUCAGCUGCUGCGUCCUGCAGCCGACUCCUGACUCACAACCGGCGGCUCCGCCCACACCCUACCCAAUCGCUAAAAUGCCCCCGUUGCGACUCCACCAAUACGAAGUUUUGCUACUACAACAAUUAUAACCUCUGCCAGCCACGCCACUUCUGCAAGUCGUGCCGCCGCUACUGGACCAAGGGCGGCGUCCUCCGUAACGUCCCAGUCGGCGGCGGUUGCCGUAAGAACAAGCGCUCGUCCUCAUCGUCCCAAGCUGCCAAGCCGAGCCGCCAACCUGCUCCUCCGCCGACCGCUGCCUCUGCUGCUUUAUCUUCAUCCAGCGAGAGCUCGUCCAUCACGGGAACCGAGCCAACCAUCGGCUCAGCUCAAACUGCCGGUCAAGCUGGAGCGGAGCAGUACUUCAACUUUCCGGCAGCCGCCCCAACCGAAAUAUUGGACACUUCGGCCGAAAUGAUGAAUUUCGGGGGGUUUUUGCCGGAAUCCGGGAGCUUUACGAGCUUGAUAACCGGGGGACCAAGCUCUGCUAACCCUGGCAUGGGCUUCGGAAUGACGGAGUUAGGGUUUCGUUUACAGGGGCAGCCAGAGAUAGGAGGGGGUAAUGGGGAUUUGACGUCUAGGAUGACGGCGUUUGACUGGCAAGGUAACGGAGAGCUGGACGUGGGAAACGGUGUUGAGCAGGGGUUUUGUUGGGGGCAGGGGCAGUGGGGGGACCAUGAUCAGCAGGGCUUCUUCUUCCCUUGAUGACACGUGCCAGUGAACGGCACGUGUGAGUUUGCACGAGUAUGUAUAAAUUUACCUUCUUUUUUUUAUUUUUUUUGGUUAUUUUAAAUGUUUUUUUGGUUUUUUAGUUUUUUUAAAAAUUUGCUUUGCAUAUAAUUAUGUUUUGGUUUAUGGUGUUUUUGUGUGUUUGCAACUAACGCCGCUUUUGAUGAAAUGGAUGAAAAGUUGGAGGGGUAUAUAUGAUUGUUUUUAUAUCCCUUUAUUUGAUUAUGGAAAAUACCUAAACACAUGAUAAUUUGUGUAACUUGAAUGCCAUCUUUGCCAUGAUUUUUAUUUA